AUGAGCCGCGACUCAAACUAUGAUCAUCAUAUUUCGAUUUUUUCGCCUCAAGGGCGUCUUUAUCAAAUGGAAUACUGCUUCAAAAGCGCCAACUCUGGUUUGACUGGAGUAGCAGUCAGAGGAAAAGACUCGUGUUGCGUUGUGACACAGAAAAAGGUCCCCGAUCGUUUGAUGGAACCCAGCAGUGUGACACACCUAUUUGCACUCACCAACAAGGUUGGAUGCUGUGUCACCGGAUCCAUGGCUGACUCCAAGGCGAUGGUUCAACGUGCACGGCACGAGGCUGGAAAAUGGGCAUACGACAAUGGCUUCCCCAUGCCCGUCGGUGUUCUUGCUCGGCGCAUGGCUGAUUUGGCUCAAGUAAACACACAGUCUGCGCACAUGCGGCCCUUGGCUUGCAUUGGAUUAUUCAUUGGUGUGGAUGACGAGAAGGGUCCACAAGUCUUUAAGGUUGAUUGUGCUGGGCACUAUUUGCCUUUCUUCGCGGCCGCAUCGGGGCCAAAAGAACAAGAAGCCAUGAACUACUUGGAAAAACGAGUAAAGGAAAUGAAAGAGUAUGACAACAAUGAAGUUAUAAGAACAGCCAUCACUUGCUUGGGCCAUGUUCUUGGUAGUGACUUUAGAGGAUCAGAAAUCGAGGUAGGCAGUAUUGAAGGAACAGAUGGGAAGUUCCAUGUUUUGUCAGAAGAAGAUAUUGAAAAUCAUUUGAAUGCCAUUGCUGAUGACGCAGACGCAUAA